CGCGCCGGCCAACCGGCACGCAGGGAUUUGGGGGGCAAAGCGCGGCCCCGCGAGCAGUUGCGGCGGGAGAGCGGCGGGCCGAGAGCGUGACUCGCCCGCUCCGGCGCUGCCUGCUUCCCCGCCGCCGCCUCCCGCCGCCGCGCGCAGCCAUGUCCGAGGAAAAGCCCAAGGAGGGGGUGAAGACCGAGAACGACCACAUCAACCUGAAAGUGGCCGGGCAGGAUGGCUCCGUCGUCCAGUUCAAAAUCAAGAGACACACGCCGCUGAGCAAGCUGAUGAAGGCGUACUGCGAGAGGCAGGGCUUGUCAAUGAGACAGAUUAGAUUCAGGUUUGACGGGCAGCCGAUUAAUGAAACAGACACCCCUGCGCAGCUGGAGAUGGAGGACGAGGACACCAUCGACGUGUUCCAGCAGCAGACGGGAGGCUCGCGGGACAGCCGCUGUCGCUAAGGGCGCCGCCUCUACAAGGACCGUCCCCACCGUGUCUUCGGCCUUGCGUCUGCUGUUGAAUAGUGAACAAGUGGCCAUGCCAGUCACAAAGGAGUCUGCAGAGACCCGAGGACAGUCACCAAAAUUACUUUCCUCUCUGACAUUUUGCGAGGGCAAUUCAGAACUCUGUCUGCAGGGGGCCACCGCUGACACCCGGCCAGUCACACUUGUCUUUGCGUAAGAUGAGUUGCGAGGUUUCUUUUGGUUUGUUUUUGCUUUCAUUUUCGUCCCCCCCCCCACCCCAGAACAUUGGCCCAAACUGUGGUCUGCAGGUUCAGUUUUCGUCUAGAUGGGGAUUUUACCCCAGGUAUUGAGCGCCCCCCCCCCCCCGCCCCCGCAUAUUCCAGCUGAGAACUCCCAGCACCACAGUGGGGAUGCUUCCGUUGGACAGGUUUUGGGGGCAAUUUGGCGAUGGAGACAAACUUUCACUAUUUCGUAUAGGCACAGGUUUUUAAAAUGCUAAGUGUUGCAUUUUAGAAUAUGGUAAAGUUGAAGGGAAAAUACUGGAAUGUGUUUUUAAAAGGUAAAACGAAGGAUAACCAGGUCCUUCAGUAACAUGGCGCUGGGUGCCCCGCUCCUCGAGUGGCCCUGUGGUCGGGGUCUGGGGUCCAGGAGCCAUCGCCACCCACUGCCUGGUGCCCGGUGCCACGGCACAGGCAAAGGUCAAUGCAGCAAAAACCCUUCUCCCCUGAAUAGAGACGAAAGUAACCCCCACAUUUCUCACUUGGUAAUAGUGCCGUGGCCUCAGAUUUCUCCUCGCAUUUGCUUCGGACGAAUAAUUAUGGUCUAUAUAUUAAAAAGCAAGAUUCAGUAUUGCACUUAACGUUUUUGUGUAAAAGACCUGCUUCCAAGUGUGUUACCAGUGAAGCCCAUGGAAAGGUGACCCCGCGUUGCCCUCCUGGACUUGGUCUGUGCUGCUUUGCAAACAGCUACGGGGUUUAUGCUUUAGUACGUGAUUGCAGUUCUGUGAGAUGUUUUGGGAUCUGUACCAGUUAAGCCCUGAUAGUUUUCCUCCUGUCGUUCUGUAUGGACCCACUGCUGCCUUGUUCUAGUCCCGGAGUGUGACCAUGACCGUCCUCUCUUGCUUGCCUGAAAUCUUGCUGAAGAUGUUCGCAUUUCCUUUGUGUUUUGCUGUUUGGGCAUGGGUGGGACGUCUGCUGGCUCUGUUGUGUUUAUUCCCCAAUUUGUACAUUAUUUGUUGUCCUUUGCUACUGUAAACAGUAAAUAUAGUUUGGUAUUCUGUC